CAACAUGCAAAUCAGCUCCUGCUGCCAUCAAUCAUUUUGACAUCUUUAUAUAAACAUCCUAACCCACACCUUUAGGUAUGAUAUCUGGAACAGAAACAGGUGAUCAGCUGUCAGUCAGUUUGGAGAUUUGAGAAGACGGUCACCUGAAGACUCUGCAGACCAGGUGGGAACUUAAAUUCAUGACUUCAUGGUUCUGGUUGGUGUUCUGGUUUCUGACUGUAGUUUAGUUUGAGUUAUAGAAAGAUUGUUUGUUAUAUUCUGUAGUGUAUGUAUUAGAAGAACGGAUUUGAUUUAGAAUAAGUGUCUUUCUUUCUUCGUCAGGUGUCCAUCUUCAAAGAUAGAAAAUGUGGACCAACUCCUCAUCCAUCCACAACUCCUCUCUAGAUUCUUCAUACCACGAUUGUACAGCUAUCGAAGUUUUUAAGAUUCAUCAGGCAGCCUUCAGCAUCACUAGAGUGGCCCUCAUCACCCCUUUUACCUUCAUCAUCCUCUAUCUGGCUUACCAAAGGUGGAAGCAGCAGGGUUCCUGGAGAGCUGAGAGCCACUGUGAUGUCUUCACCUACCACCUGGCUGUCAUGGAAUUGUUCACCAUUUUAGGGACAGCUGUGAACCUUCUGGGCCUUUUCAGCAGGUUCAAAAUCAUGAUGCAAGUCGGCCGCAGCAUGAUUUCCCUUCCUUACUGCGGAGAAACCCUUUUUCACAACUUGACCUGUGUGGAGCGUUACCUGGCUGUUGUUCAUCCUCUUACCUACAGGGGGCUGAAGACUGCUCGUGGGGUCAGGAUCAGGAAUGUCAUGAUCGGAUGUGUUUGGUUGUUCUGUUUAGGGUCGAUGGUUGUAACAAUUCCCUUCAGUCUUCAAACACUCUAUUUUUCUACGUUGGGCAUCAUGAUCAUCUCUUUGGUCGCCAUUUCCUAUUGCAGCCUGUCUGUUCUCUGUGCUCUGAUUCGUCCAAGGCCUGGGGAACGGGGGCGGGGCAAAGAGAGAGUUGACCAAUCAAUGCAAAAGGCAUUCUUCACAAUUGCAGUUAUUUCAGGGGAGCUUUGGUCUUGGUUUGUGGUCUUUAUUGUUGCCCUUUUCAUCAACACGUCACCCUCUGUGAGUGCAAAUGUUAAGUGUACGGCGUUAGCAUUUUCUCUCUGGUACCAUCUGCCCAGUAGUUUAGUGUUGCCUCUGCUGUAUCUACACAGGUCGGGGAAACUGUCAUGCUGCCUCCAUACUGGUGGAAGAGGAUAGGCACUCUGAUUUUAGUUUCUGUGUAUCUAAUUAAAGGUGCUGGGGGGAUAUUUUGAGUGAAGACCAACAGCAUUUAAGUUGACAUUCUCCCUCUUGAAUUAAGCAUUGUGAUUUUCUGGGUCAACAAUAAAGUAGAGCUGAUUCUGACACUGGAUGACCUAAUUCAAGUCUUCAGAUCCAACAUGUCAGAACAGACUCCAUAUUGAAACUACCUAACUCUGCCUACUCUUCGUAAAUUAUCUAAAAAUGCCUGACAAUUAACUUUCAAGCAAGUUACCCCUCUUUUUCUGUUCUGUCUGAUUUUUACCAGUGUCUUAUUUGAUGCCACUGAGGUCUUCCCUGCUUUGUACCCAGGGGUCUUUGCCCCUGCUCUCCCUGGCUUUGCUUUUGUGCGUACAUGAGAAGAGGAAGGAAGAUUUACUCUCCCAGCCUACUGCCUUGACCUACAACCUACGUAGGUAGACCUCAGAACAGAUCUUUGGGAUCCUAUCUUUCCUUUACCUGACGUCCCUGUCCUAACAUUUAUCAAAUCUGUAGAUGUCCUCUGGUGUCCUCCAAAGAAAACCAAAAAUAAGUGUGGUGAUCUCCUUGAAAUAUUUGUUCCUUUCUCAUCAAACAACCCUGGGAUUGCUGAGAUUUUGCUUGGCAUGUCAGGUGUAAAAGUACCUUCGAUUUAUUUCACAUUGUCACAGUACCAGCUAUAGUGACUACUGUGGACAGUGCAGCUGAUAACAAGGGCAUGUACCUAUGACAGCUGGCUGAAGGACAUAGACCUAAACCGGAGUAGUGUGGCCUGAUGACAGUGAUAGGGACUAUUUAGCAAAAAUCUCAAGCAAACCCUGACAAACAAGAGAAAAAUACCCUUACUCUGGGAUUCCACUGGAUCCGGAAUGGUUCUGAUCCUGAACGGCGUUGAUUUUUCGCCAUAUGCCAUUCCGGAUGUGGUGGAAAUUGGGGGUUAGAGUCUGUGAGAGCAGGGGCCGAUCUCACAGCUACAGAACAUGAACUCAAUCAGUGAUUAUGUAGACAACAGGGAUGUUGAGCUAUCCUCCGACGUGAGGACGAUAGUUGAUAGAGAAAAGGCAGGGGUGGAAUUACAGAGGGGUGGAUGCACAUGAGUUGUUCUUGUUGUGGGUUGGAAGUAACAUCUUUGUGUAUCAUCUCAGUCUUUGAAUCAACUUGGACAACUUCUAACAAGGAUAAUCCAUCACUUCAGUCACUGGAAUUACUGUGUCACAGGUGCAGACAGGUGACUGUGUUCACUGGAAAUUUGACAGAAAAUUUGCCUUUUGAGAUUUAUUGACUUAAGCUCAAACAAAUAUGGUAUGCAACAUGCAAAUCAGCUCCUGCUGCCGUCGAUCAUUUUGACAUCUUUGUAUAAACAUCCUAACCCACACCCUUAUGCAAUCGGGAGUUUGAUAUGAUAUCUGGAACAAAAACAGGUGAUCAGCAGUCAGUCAGUUUGGGGAUUUGAGAAAACGGUCACCUGAAGAGUCUGCAGACCAGGUGGGAACUUAAAUUCAUGACUUCAUGGUUUGAGUUGAGUAUGGUUUAGUUUGAGUUAUAGAAAGCUUGUUUAUUAUAUUCUGUAUUGUAUCUAUUAGGUAAACAGAUUUAAUUUAGAGUAAGUGCCUUUCUUUCUUUGUCAGGUGUCCAUCUUCAAAGAUAGAAAAUGUGGACCAACUCCUCAUCCAUCCACAACUCCAAUCUGGAUUCAUCCCACAACGAUUGCAGUAAUAUCAAAGAUUUUCAGACUGAUGAUAUGGCCUACUACAUCACUAGAGUGGCCCUCAUCACCCCUCUUACCUUGAUCAUCCUCUAUCUGGCUUACCAAAGGUGGAAGCAGCAGGGUUCCUGGACAGCUGAGAGCCACUGUGACGUCUUCACCUACCACCUGGCUGUCAUGGAGUUGUUCACCAUUUUAGGGACAGCUGCGACACUUCUGGGCCAUUUCAGCAGGUUCAAAAUCAUGGUGCAAGUUGGCAUGAAGCUUUUUGCUGUCCCUUACUGCGGAGAAACCCUUUUUCACAACCUGACCUGUGUGGAGCGUUACCUGGCUGUUGUUCAUCCUCUUACCUACAGGGGGCUAAAGACUGCUCGUGGGGUCAGGAUCAGGAAUGUCAUGAUUGGAUGUGUUUGGUUGCUCUCUUUAGGGUGGAUGGUUGCAGCAGGUGUGUUAAGUGUACACACAGUCAAUAUCGCACUUUGGACCAUCAUGGUCAGCUCUUCGGUCGUCAUUUCUUUUUGCAGCUUGUCCGUUCUCUGCGCUCUGAUUCGCUCCAAGCCUGGGGAGGAGGGGCGGGGCAAAGACAGAUUUGA